AUCAGACUUUCUAAAUCAUGUGAUUUGUUCCACAGAAAUUUCAGACACCUCCUAUGCAUUAAAUUUCACAUUCAACAUCAGUAGCGUCAGCAUGACACAGAACCCUGACCUCAGGAACGAUACCUACAGCCAUGUAAAGAGCAUCAUCAACAAUGCUUUAAACACACUUCUAAAUGAAGCUGGCGCAGAACCAUUCGAACCUCAGAGCUCUGUCUUCACGAGUUCAGGAAACCAGGUUAAUGGUGACAUGACGUACCACUUCCAAGAUGGAGACACCAAAACACCAGCAGCUUUCCUGAAUGAGCUUAAAGCACAAAGCACGCCAAUAAUUGGAUCAGCUGUGGUUCAGACCAGGAUGGUCUUCAGUUCUUCCUCUCCUGUUCCCAGUGAGAGUUUGGUUCUCACUGUAACCCAGACUCUUCUGAGUACUCCACUCACAAACCUCACUGAUUCUGUAAAAGUGCUGAACUUCACCUAUGAGAAAAUUUCAGACACCUCCUAUGCAUUAAAUUUCACAUUCAACAUCAGUAGCGUCAGCAUGACACAGAACCCUGACCUCAGGAACGAUACCUACAGCCAUGUAAAGAGCAUCAUCAACAAUGCUUUAAACACACUUCUAAAUGAAGCUGGCGCAGAACCAUUCGAACCUCAGAGCUCUGUCUUCACGAGUUCAGGAAACCAGGUUAAUGGUGACAUGACGUACCACUUCCAAGAUGGAGACACCAAAACACCAGCAGCUUUCCUGAAUGAGCUUAAAGCACAAAGCACGCCUAUAACUGGAUCAGCUGUGGUUCAGACCAGGAUGGUCUUCAGUUCUUCCUCUCCUGUUCCCAGUGAGAGUUUGGUUCUCAAUGUAACCCAGACUCUUCUGAGUACUCCACUCACAAACCUCACUGACUCUGUAAAAGUGCUGAACUUCACCUAUGAGAGUACGUUUGUUUUACUAAUAACGCAAUCACAUAAUAUACAAAUUAUUGUCUCAGAGCUGUGACUUCUUUAUCAGACU